AUGGCAGAACUCCACGCCAUCUCCUAUUUUGAGAGUGAAACAGACCAGCCUCCGGGCACAUUCAAGUUGAUCCGUGGUCAGACUUCUUUGAUCUUCUGGGAUGAGCUGUUCCUGACAAUUCAUCUUCAUCUAGAUGAUGAGGCAGAUGGGCACGGGCAACGCAUUGUCGUUCUCGACCCAAUCCCGUCGUCCGACCCAAAUGAACCUCUAAACUGGAGCACGGUGCGCAAAUCGGUCAAUUUCUCGAUUGUUUUGGCCAUGACAAUAGUCAUCUUUACGGCGAUCAACAUCCAACCGAUCUUUUGGCAACAGAUGACCACUGAUAUGGAAGUUACCUACGCCCAACUGAAUUAUGCGAUGUCGGUAAAUUUCGUCGGUCUCGCAACUGGUUGUCUCUUGUUUAUUCCUUUUGCGAAAAAGUACGGCCGACGGCCAGUUUACAUUGUGUCAACAGCAUUGAUGUUGGCAACCUCAUUUUGGGCAAGCAGAAUGAAUAGUUUGACAGAGCUGUAUGUGACCAAUUUGCUGCAGGGGUUGGCUGGUGCAACCAACGAGUCGAUAGCCGAGAUAACAAUUGUCGACUUGUUUUUUGUGCAUCACCGGGGAAGGAUGAAUGGCAUUUACCUGACAUGUGUCAUGGUUGGGAACUUCUUGACUCCCAUGGCUGCGGGGGCGCAAGCCACAGAGCACGGCUGGCGCUCGUCCUAUCAGACCAUGGGAAUCUUCAACGGUGUCCUUUUUCUUCUCUUCCUCUUCGUGUGCGAGGAAACGAAAUACAUCCCUGCACUCCCUGGGCACGCCGGCGCUACUGUUGAUGAAGAUAAUCCAGCGAUCUCCAUAGAAGACCAUCUGACCAAGCUGGAUUCGGAGUCUGUAGCCAAAGACCUUUCAACUAUCGAAGAAACUAGUUCUCACCAUGCGCUGGACCUCCGCUUACCGCUGAACUCAUGGCAAAAACGACUUGCCCUGGUAACGCCAACCCCAGAACCACUCUGGCCGCACUUCUACAGUCCGUUCUGCGUGCUCAUCUUCCCGGCUGUGGCAUUUGCCGCAUUUCAGUACGCGGCUGGGGUAGCUUGGUUGACGGCAACUUCAAGCGUGUUGUCACUCACACUACCUCAGCCACCGUACCUCUUCACCCCUGCCGAAAUUGGAUACACUAACGCCGGGCCCUUGAUCGGGAACAUCAUCGGUGUGGUGUACGGCGGGUUCCUUGGUGAUCAGUCAAUUCUGUACUACGCAAAACGGAACAGAGGCUACUACGAGCCCGAGAUGCGGUUGUACAUAUUACAUCUUCCGGCGAUUUCCAUGGCAGGCGGCCUGAUGAUGUUCGGUGCAACGAUCGCCAGGAUCGCUGGUGAUGCUUUCACUGCAGUGGCGUUCAUGCGAAACGCAGUCAGUAUCGGAAUCCCAUUCGCGAUUGCUCCAUGGAUCCAGCGCAAUGGCAUACAAGGCAUGUUCAUUGCGUGCGGAAUGAUGAGUCUGGCAAUUACUGGGACGAUCAUCCCCAUGGUCAUUUGGGGCAAAUCUGCUCGGCGUGCAUUGACAGGCCGAUAUCUCGAUAUCACGAAGCGUGGCCAUGCUGUUUGA